AAGAUGAUGUGAUGCUUCUUGUAGUCCUUAGCCAAUAAGAUCAUGAAGUGCAUUGAUAAGAGAACCCCUAGUGGAGAAUCCCAGUAAGGGGUACAAAUAUGUCCAGAUAGGUCUUAUCCAACCACUUUAUGAUACUGCUUCCCAGUCCUUGAUCUGGAACACAUAUAGGAUGUGGUCUGCCAGUCUGUCAGCUAACACUGAAAAACACUGCUCACUGAAAAACAUUGCUCACUGCUCUCAUCUUUCUAAUAAUAGGCCAUAGGUCGAGGUUCAACACCCCCCCCCAUCUCCAUCUACAUACUAAACACCUUUGCUCUCUCACAUGCAUGGUCACGGACACAGGCCCUCCACUAAUGACUCCAGGCCACUGUAUGGCUGCACCACUGGCCAGGCCCCUGCCCAGUCCAGCACUAUCAGGGGGAAGGGGGAGUAAGACAGGCUCAUUAAUACACACCGUAAGUGGUUGUCAGGUGUCCGUGUCACUCCCGGAGAGGGUGUAUAAGAGUUCUGGGUGCCACGGAAGAUACAGAACUUCAACAUUCACCUGGGAGUCACUCCGGAACGAGCCAACGCAUUCGCCUUGUGCUGUACACUGGGAGAUCAGCAAUAGAGAUGACUGGAGCCGCCGUGUCCGUGUGUCUACUUUACGUCCUGUCUGUCUGUUCAGCCUGCUACAUCUCCAACUGUCCCAUCGGGGGCAAGAGGUCCAUAAUGGACGCUCCACAGCGCAAGUGCAUGUCUUGUGGGCCAGGGGAGCAGGGCCGCUGCUUUGGCCCUAGUAUCUGCUGUGGGGAGGAUGUGGGCUGCUGGAUGGGCUCCCCGGAGACGGCACACUGCAUGGAGGAGAACUACCUGCCCACCCCCUGCCAGGUGGGAGGGAGACCCUGUGGAUCUGAUACAGCACGCUGCGCCUCACCGGGAGUCUGCUGUGACUCAGAGGGCUGCAGUGCGGAUCAAUCUUGUUUCGCUGAGGAGGAAGGCGACAAUCAAAUCGGCCAAUCAGAGGGCAGCAACUCUGCAGACGUCAUCCUCAGGCUCCUGCACUUGGCUGACCACACACCUCCUCAUAAAGUCCACCAAUGAGCUGCAAGUGACGCCAGGGUUCCAUGGGGGUUACUUGAGGGAUUGGUUGAUAGGAUUUGUAGUUAAAAGUUACCUAGAUGUAGUUCAUAGUUCACCCACCCAUUUACUGACCUCCUUCUUCAGUAUAUAUUGGCAACCUCACUGGAUGGGACCUAGCUAAGAAUUUAACUCUGUGUUUGACAUUUAAUGUAUAUCAAAACACUGGAGUUAAAUUCUUAGCUAGGACCCUGAGCACUCCUCUGUAGAUUGCCUUUAUAUUGCAUACUUAAAUAUUGUAGCUAUAUACUGUAUGUACAGAAAUAGCUUUGACAAUUCUAAUACGUGUAAAGAGUCCAAAUGUGUAUGUUAAUAAAGCUUGUGCGAGUAUG